GUGCAAAUUGACGUAACUUCCUGUGUUUAUGAAAAAAGGAUAAUUUUUGACAGCUGAUAAACACAAUUUUGAAAUGCCGAACUCGUACCAACAGCUUGUCUGUUUGGCAGUUUUUAUGAUAUGUUUCAUUGCAGAUGCAUUAGCAGAAAUCUGUGAUGAUGGCACAAGAUGUAGCGGAGGAAAACACUGCUGCAGUAUAGGUUGUUGCUAUGGUGACGAUGAUGAUAAUGAUGACAGGAGAUACACUUACGGCUAUCGUUUGUCAAUCUGGAAUAUGUGGUAUUUCUGGUUUGUCAUCUUGUUCCUCAUGAUGUCCUGUUUUGGGGGAUGUGGGUAUUACAAGCACAGACAACGUCUUGUUACAGGACAACCUGUUAGAGGACACAGGAACUUCUUAUCUAUCCUGACAGAGCCUUACAGUGGAGGUUCAGGCAGGGUAUUGACUGUAGAGAAUGGACACUAUCCAGAGGGUCGUGGAUAUGUAUUCAGUAGGGGUCCGGAUCCCAACCUAGCAGCAUCGAUGGCCCCUCCACCAUAUACCGAGGUGAUGAAUAACCCAGGUUUAUUUCCAGCUAACACAAAGUCAGGUGUUCCCAUAGAUGGAGGUGAUCAAACAAAUAUAGGUAACAUUCAUCACAGUACCGGACCAACCAAUCAAAUGCCUCAGCCACCACCCUAUACAGAGGUAGCCAAUCAAAACGAGUCAGAGUCAUAUUUAGCCAAUCAGAAUGGUCAGAACCAAAGUCAAGCAACCAAUCACAUUCAAGAGAGUAAUGCAGCUCACCAAUGAGAUGUCUUGUUGUUACAUUUACAUUUUCUAAAUAUUCUCUAUGCAUUUAGUGAAAGUCAUAAAUAAUAAUGCUAUUUGCAUAAUUUUUAACCAUUUUCCAUAAAUAGUUGGCUUUAAACUGUAUAGAGGACACCCUUUGAAAAAGCUUUUCUAAUUUGUAUGUCAUUCUAUGAUCCUUUUUAUGCUGUUUC